AUGUCAGCGAUAUCAUUCAUCAUUUUCAGGUCCCAAGCGUCAAAUUAUGCUAUACCCGGGGCAGAAAUAGAAGAACCGACAACUCUAGCUAUUCCAGCAGAAUCACACCCAGACGUUGCAAUAGCCCCUGCUCCUGCUACCGUAUCAGCUGUCGCAGACGCGGCAGUAGUUGCGCCUGCUCCAGCCAUUGCGACUGCUCCACUUCCAGCCCCUAUUCUUGCUGUUGCGCCAUUCCUAAUACUGGCGUUUGCUCCUGUUGUAGCUCCUGCUCCAGUAGCAACACUACCAGCUGUGGCAGAAGGGGCAACAGUCGUAGCCGCAGCGCCAACUGUUGCAUCAGCUUCAGUUGUAGUCGCUCCAGCUCCUGUGAUUGCUGCUCCAGCGGCAGUUGUUGCUUCAGCUCCAGUCGCAGUUGCUCCUGUUCUAGCGACGGCUGCAUUCAAUCCUUAUAUUUCCCCGUAUGCAAUGUAUGCCAAUCACUACUUCCCGCGCACUGAAGUUCAUAACGUUGUUCGAUCUUACAAGAAAGAAAGGGGACAUUCGUCUGAUACUACGAUGAUUUCCGGACUUUUUCCUAAUCAACUCGGAGUUCCCCAUGCUCACACUGUCGAAACGCCGGUGGUAGCCGCUCCUAUAAUUGAGGCCCCGAUGGUAGCCCCUGUGAGAGCAGCACGAGAUCAUCGACAGAAGACUGUAAAGAAGACGGUUCGCAUACAUAAGGCUUUCGAAAAGAAAAUUUGA